CUUCCUUUGUCCUAUUCAGAAAGAAACGCCUCGCUUCGUCGCCAACCAUUCUGCAUCUUGAUACUUUUCUCACAUUGUUCUUAUUGAUGUGCUAUUCUUACUGGUCAGACAAGCGGGUCUGUUCGCAGCCCCCGUCUCGACGUCCUUGAAAGGACUGAGAGGUCCUGACCAUCUGAGUCUUUCUUCGACCAGCUCCCCUCGUCCACGAUUUCCCGACCAAGCUUGCUCCCUUCCGACGGCGACCAGAACUGCUACCAUACCCUUGGAACAGACCUCGACCUGGUUUUCUCCAGACAGUCCUUGCGCGACACACUUGGGCAACGCCUGCGCACCUCCAAGCUCUCAUACGAAACACGCAAAAUAGUCGACAGACCCGACUAUGGCACCACCCACUGGACCUCGUGGCGGCGCCAAUGCGAACACUGGCCGAAAUACUCGAAGCUCGACUGCAGCCACUCGCGGAGGCUUUCGUGGUGGUACCCGCGGUGGAAUCGCAAAGCGUGGCAGGUCGUCUGCUCCUCGAACUGAUCGUGAUGGAGAUCUCGAUAUGGACGCCGCUGGGGCUGGCAGCAAGCCUGGUGCCGGUGCCAGCAGGCCCACCAACUCAUCCACACGACGCGGCAAUGCAAGAGCUCCUGUCCCCAGCAAAACGAAUGCGCGGCUGCAGCAAAAUCUCACACGGCACCUCGGCGGGGAUACAUCGCAGGCAUCUCGCGCUCCCAACGCAGCCAGAUUAUCAGGUAACAACACGACCCUGAGAAUUCUGGGCUUGAAGUCCAGCAGAGCGUCUACCAAUGCAGACGGCGGUCUACGGAGUCUCCUUGAGUUUUUAGAGAAGAAGGCGACAAACGUCAAGACGACUGGCAGCGAUCGCAGUCGUCGCGUGCGUCCCGUUGCGAUCAAGAAGUCACUUCUCGAGGGUGACUUGGUCUACAUUUUAACCAGCGAUCAAGACGCCGACGAGGUUCUCAAGAUCAACGGCUUUACCUUCGCUGGCUCUGCCCUCACCAUCACUAAGAACGAGUGUGGUUGGCCCGCGGCGGAGACGGAGCAAAACGGAGGAGUCACUUUGUCAACACAGGCUCAGAAGGACAAGCAAAAGCUCCAAUCAGUCCUCGAGCGUCGGUACAACUUGGAGGCAAAGCUGCUUGAUCUGUCUGCUUUAGGGCAAGACCCAAUUCUUGUCGAGAUGGGUCUACUCUCCUCUGCUCCAGACACAGCCGAGAAGACCUUUAAAGUGCUCAUGAAGAUCUGUCAAGAACUUUUCAAGACGGCGCAACAGAAACGUGAGGCUAUGGAGAGCGUCUCUCUUGCAGGCAACGCGCUCAACUCGGUAAACCCGGUCUUCGACCUCGCAGAGACCUUCCCCGACCUGAAGCACCUCGAUCUAAGCAACAACCAGUUCUCCAGUGUAAAGCAGCUGAACAAAUGGCGCGGCCGUUUCCGACGCCUGGAGACGCUGCUCCUGCUAAACAACCCCAUCAUCCAGACGGAACCUGCUUAUGGCGCAGACAUAGUGGAAUGGUUUCCCUACCUGCAGAACCUAAGCAAUGUGAUAGUCAGGACCCCCGAGCAGAUUGCCGCGAUUCAACAAAAGGCCAAGAUCAAAGAAAUUCCCCAGAAUGGCAACGACUUCCGCGACGUCAACAACCUUGGACAAAAUUUCAUCUGCGAGUUCUUCCCCUUGUUCGACACAAACCGCGACCUGCUCCUGCAGACCUACUAUGACGAGCACAGCACCUUCACAAUCUCUGUUGUGAACAGCGGUGUCAAGGACAAAGACACCCCUGGACUUCCCUGGGCCCCCUACCUGAGCUUCUCACGCAACCAUCAGCGCAUCACCACGGAAGGCGCACGCUUCCAGCGAUACAUGAAAGGAGUCCGCAUACAAGAGCUGUGGCGGCAGUUACCCACUACCCAGCACCCUGGUUUCGAAACAAACAAGUACAUUGUCGACUGCCAUCCAAUGAAGGGCUUGCGUGACCCGGUCAACCGCUCACCUGAGGGAGAACUCGGCAUGAUCAUCACCAUGCACGGCGAGUUCACAGAGACGCAAGCUGAUGGCAAGAGCGGCCUGCGCAGCUUUACCCGGACUUUUGUCCUCGGUCCUAGCCUGACUGGACGUGGUCCCAUACGGGUGAUAAGCGACAUGGUCUCGCUGCACGCCUAUAACCCGCUCCCCACGAUCGCAAUCUCUGCUCAGAAUGCACCUGCGACCGCGCCUCCAGCUGCGCCACUGUCUCCUGAGGAGCAGCAACAAAUGAUGAUGAUGGAGCUCACAAAGCGUACCAACAUGACCCUCGAAUACAGCAAAAUGUGUCUCGAGGGAGCAGAGUGGAACUUUGACCGAGCAGUAGCCAUCUUCGAAGAAAAGAAGAUGGCCCUCCCAGCCGAGGCAUUCAUUCAAGCUUGAGCGUCCCAGACUGGACAGCUCCGCCUCAUAACAGCCACAUAUAGUUGUCCGUCCUAAGUGACAGGACAAAGGAGACCGUGCUCCCUUGAUCCAACCCAACUCAACGCGCACACAUCAUGCGAAUUCUAGAGACAAGCCUGUACGUCAGUAAACCGGCUCUUGGCAGGCGGAUGACGAUACAGGACGGGCAAAUAAAAUUAAAUUAAAAAAAAGGCAAGGAAAGGAAAAAGGAUGAAUUGACGGUCUCUUCCCGGAAGGAAAUUUUAUUGGUUUGAUUCUGGCAUUAGCGACAGGCAGGGGAGGAGUUAUCUGCUUUUGCGCCCAGCGCCAUUUUCCUGCUACUAUUUGACAAGUGGCAGCGCUGGGCUCUGUGGUUGGCUCGGCAGCAUCACGGAGGAAUUGGGAGGCUGUCAUGAAAAGAUGCACCAGAGCCAAAGCUGCAUGAUGAAUAUCACAUGUGGUACCAAAUUGAGUAAUACAACAAUGAAGAAGAUAGAAGACGAGAUACCCUCGCAU